ACCUGCAGUACACAGUACUACCAGAAACAAGGACACAAGCUCUCUCAAGCAGCCUACAGCCCAGUCAUGAAUGUCUUAGUGCUGCUUGCUCUUGCUGUUUUCACUGGGUGCAAUGCCAAUGGCCUGUGGCAGGACCAGUCUCAGCAACAGCUGGACAUGGUGAAAGAUGCAUUCUGGGACUAUGUCGCCAAGGCAACACUCACCGCUGAGGACACCCUACAGAAGAUCCGACAGUCAGAGGUGGCACACGAAGUUAACACCAUGGUCUCUGAGAGUGCUGAUGCUGUGAACCAGUAUACCGUGGCCAUGCGUGGGCAGGUGACUCCUCUGACUCAGGACCUGCUGGCAAAGUUUUCCCAGGAGGCCGAGCAGCUUAAGGCUCGUCUGGAGAAGGACCUGAGCACCAUGACAGCCAAGCUGCAGCCCUAUUCUGACGAGUGGAACGCAGACAUCCAGAGGCAGGUGGAGGAGCUGAAAAGGGACAUGACCACCUACGCUGAGGCCCUGGACUCUGACGCCCUGAAGACCACUCUACUCCAGAAGAGUGAGGAGCUGAAGGGAAGCCUGGAGAAGAGUGUGCAGCAGCUGCAGGCCCAGCUGGGCCCCUACACUGAGGAUCUGAAGCAGAAAAUAGAGCAGAACCUGGAAGAGUUCCAAAAGAGCAUGAUUCCCCUGACCCAGAGCUUCCAGACACAGCUGACCCAGAGAACCCAGGAGCUCCAGCAGAACCUGGCCCCCUAUGGAGAGGAGCUGAAGAAGCUGGACCCAUUGGCCCAGGACCUGAAGGCCCAACUAGCUGCUCUCUGGGACUCCUUCACCAAGAAGAUCCAGUAA